UUAUUCCCCUCUUAUAUAUAAACCCAUACAAAAACCCUAACCGUCCUUAGCGAGGGAACCUUCAGCCUGCAAGAGAGCAGCAGCAGCAGCAGCGGCGGCAUUUCUCCCCCAGGGCCGUAGCGGAAAGACCGAUCAGAGAAAAAUGAAGUUCAAUAUUGCAAAUCCAACCACUGGUUGCCAGAAGAAGCUGGAAAUUGACGAUGACCAGAAACUCCGAGCCUUUUUUGACAAGAGGAUCUCACAAGAAGUUAGUGGUGAUGCCCUGGGUGAGGAGUUUAAGGGCUAUGUAUUCAAGAUCAUGGGAGGUUGUGACAAGCAAGGUUUUCCAAUGAAGCAAGGAGUUCUCACUCCUGGGCGUGUUCGUCUUUUGCUUCACAGAGGUACUCCCUGCUUCCGUGGGUAUGGUAGGAGAAAUGGAGAGCGUAGGAGGAAGUCAGUUCGUGGAUGCAUAGUUAGUCAAGAUCUUUCAGUUCUGAACUUGGUUAUUGUGAAGAAGGGUGAAAAUGAUCUUCCUGGAUUGACUGACACUGAGAAGCCAAGAAUGAGGGGUCCUAAGAGAGCGUCAAAAAUCCGGAAGUUGUUCAACCUCUCUAAGGAAGAUGAUGUUCGGAAGUAUGUUAAUACUUAUCGCCGAACCUUUACUACCAAAUCUGGUAAGAAAGUCAGCAAGGCUCCCAAAAUUCAGAGGCUGGUGACUCCUUUGACCUUGCAGAGGAAGCGCGCCAGAAUUGCAGAGAAGAAGAAGAGAGUUGCAAAGGCCAAGGCUGAUGCUGCUGAGUACCAGAAGCUCCUUGCCCAGAGAUUGAAGGAGCAGCGUGAGCGCAGGAGUGAGAGCUUGGCAAAGAAGAGAUCCAGGCUCUCUGCUGCCUCGAAGCCAUCCAUUGCAGCUUAAUUGUGCCACAAGGCUUUGUACUUUUGGUCAGUUGUGCAUUGCUGAUUCUCAAAUUUUAUUAUUGGUUGGGGUAAUUUUGAUUAUUCAAUUUUCAGAAGUCAACAAUGUUUUUUGGAGUAUCACAUGAGCAGUAUGCUUUAAAUUUUUGUGACAUUAUGUGGGUUUGCACGACAUUAUGAAAUUUUCAUGGAGCUUCCAAGUUCCAA